CGUUCCUGCCUCUCCAACUGCGCUCCAUUCUUUCAACGCUCUUUGUCUUCAUACCAAUUCCUGCACGACUCUUUUCUGUCCAGAGCGUUUUGAGAAAAAAUGGCGUUCGAGAAGAUCAAGGUGGCCAACCCCAUCGUUGAGAUGGACGGAGACGAAAUGACUCGAGUAUUCUGGAAAUCAAUAAAGGAUAAGCUUAUUUUCCCCUUUCUGGAGUUGGACAUUAAGUACUUUGACCUUGGACUUCCUCAUCGUGAUGCCACUGAUGAUAAAGUUACUGUUGAAAGUGCAGAAGCUACUCUUAAGUAUAAUGUAGCAAUCAAGUGUGCAACUAUUACUCCAGAUGAAGCUCGUAUGAAGGAGUUUAACUUGAAGAACAUGUGGAAGAGUCCAAAUGGAACAAUUAGGAAUAUUUUGAAUGGUACUGUCUUCAGAGAACCAAUUAUUUGCAAAAACAUUCCUCGCCUUGUCCCAUGUUGGAACAAGCCUAUAUGCAUUGGAAGGCAUGCUUUUGGUGAUCAAUACCGAGCAACUGAUACUGUUAUUAAAGGAGCGGGGAAAUUGAAACUGGUGUUUGUACCAGAAGGAAAAGAGGAGAAGACAGAGUUUGAGGUUUUCAACUUUACAGGUGCUGGAGGAGUGGCAUUGUCUAUGUAUAACACUGAUGAGUCUAUCCGUUCUUUUGCUGAGGCUUCCAUGAACACUGCCUAUGAGAAAAAGUGGCCACUUUAUCUUAGCACAAAGAAUACCAUUCUUAAGAAGUAUGAUGGAAGAUUCAAGGACAUAUUUCAAGAAGUUUACGAGGCCAACUGGAAAUCAAAGUUUGAGGCUGCUGGCAUAUGGUAUGAACACCGUCUCAUUGAUGAUAUGGUGGCUUAUGCUAUCAAGAGCGAUGGAGGUUAUGUAUGGGCAUGCAAGAACUAUGAUGGUGAUGUCCAGAGUGAUUUCUUAGCCCAAGGGUUUGGAUCUCUUGGAUUGAUGACAUCUGUACUGGUUUGUCCAGAUGGAAAGACCAUAGAAGCGGAAGCUGCCCAUGGAACGGUUACACGGCAUUAUAGGGUUCAUCAGAAAGGAGGUGAAACCAGCACAAACAGCAUAGCCUCAAUCUUUGCUUGGUCACGAGGGCUUGCACACAGGGCAAAGCUGGAUGAGAAUCCUAGACUCUUGGAUUUCACUGAGAAACUAGAAGCAGCUUGUAUUGGAGCUGUGGAAUCUGGAAAGAUGACCAAGGAUCUUGCACUUAUUAUCCAUGGACCUAAGCUUGCUAGGGAACACUAUCUGAAUACAGAGGACUUCAUUGAUGCUGUUGCGGCGAACCUUAGAGCAAAACUUUAAGCAUGCUUGAAGUGGAUAGGCACCAUGAAGAAUGAGAAGUCGUUUGGUAACUUGAUAUAAUAUUAGGGAGCAAUAAAACAUUUGUUGGGGGGGUGGGGGGGUGGGUGGGGUUGGACGUUUGGUGCCUUCAUGUGGUGAAGUUUUGCGGGGCUAAUUCUGAUUGCUUUAACAGAGCUCUCAACUCUUGAUCAUCUUAAAUCUCAUUUUCAUAGCAGACUGAUGCUCUGCAUGCUUGAAAUGAAUUUGGUUUUAUCGAA